UGAAUCAGAGACUUCAGAAUGAUUGAAUGGUGUUUUAAAAAUGAGGGCACGUCUAUUAUUAUGUUGUGGUUAAUAGUGACGUACACAAAUGGGUGUGUCAAUAUGUGGCGAUGCGUGACAUUUAGUAACUUAACACCUUUUUAGGCAAUAGAAAUCUUAUAUUUUGUACACAUACAUAAUGCUCAAAUUCUACUUUCAUUUUCUAUGCUCUACUGUAGGCCUAUACCUUUUCAACCCUUUAUCAUUAGAGAGUUCCGUCUGGCUGAUGGCGUGAAUGUUGACAUACCAGCAAAUUCUAAGUUUCCUUGGUAUAAUUGCAUCUCAUAUUAUAAUUGAUGAACGACGCAUAGCAUUUCAAAUGCAAUAUUUUUUUUGCGCUUGAUAUUAGUUUUAAAUGGUGACGAUUCCAAACGUGAACUUUGGAAACAGUUUAGACUGUCUGAUGGAUAUAUCCUAUGUCAAUAUUGUUUUGUUUACAAAGCCACUUGGGAUGAUCUAACGUUAUGAGGUUCUGCUAGAAGUUUUAGAUGAAUUUUAUCAAUGAAUUACAAUUUUCUUUCUUUCCGUAUUCAGUGUGUUAAAAUUUCUGUCUACAAAAUAUUUGUCUUCCCUCGCACUACCUCCAACCACAAACGGGAUUGACAGGUUCCUGUUUGUCGAUAGUGAAUAAUUCUGUCUCCUGAUUUAGGAACCAGUUAUACACUCUUCUUUCAAAUAUGGUCAAGUAAAAUACAAACGUGCAUAAUUGAUCAAAGCAUGCUCGGUCAGUUGAGUGACAUUAGAGACAAUAUUUAAACAUCAUGCCACCACAACUUGUCCCUUUUACAUAUCUACCCCUUUUUAUUGAUUAAGCUGUAAUAAUUUAUGUUAUUUAAUCACUUUAUUCAUUGCAAGUUUUAACAUGUAUCACAAAAUUCAGGUGAAAAAUCAAAUCUGUAGUUAAUGUUGUGUCUCUAUACACACAUACAUUCACCAUUCUUUUUCCACAUGAUGAAUGGAUUCUCAAUGUAAACUGGUUAACUUGACUCCUUAAGGUUAAUUGGCAAAGGACAAAUUCUAUAUUUAAUUCAGUGUGAUAUGUGUAACAGAGCACAUGAUUAAUUAAAUUUAAAUAACUGCCUCAGCUAGGGAUCGAACCCGGGACCUCUGGAUUACUAGUCUUACGCUCAACUGAUCGAGCUAAAGAGAUCUCUCUAGCCGAGCAGUAUAUUGCAGCUAGUAUUUAACAGGGUUACAUAUGGAUGCCAUAUAUUCUAGUCAGGAUGUACGGUUUUAUAAAAUUGUCUUCUAGUCAGGAUGUACGGUUUUAUAAAAUUGUCUAACUAUAAGCAUAACUUGGUGAACCACAUGCGGUAAUUUUGCACAGCAAGUUGGUGCUUAAAUUCACCCAUAAUAUUCUUUUGUUUUUUCAGACACCAGGUUUUUGUGUGAUAGCUGGAAAGAGAAGAGGAAACUCCUAUGAUAGAAAAUCAAAAUUGAAAUACUCAAGUCUUAAUCUUCUGAAUGAGGUUGAUGGUAACUUGGAUAAUACCUGCGUGAUAUUUCACAUACCUGAUGUACGGUACACUUUAAGAUAUUCCUAUGAGGAAAAGACAUUCCAUGGCUGUGGUGCGUUCAUACAUGACAAAUGAGGGAGGAAUGGGUUUCUGAGAUUACCAACCGUGAAGGGUUAAUACUCUUGUUCGUAAACUACACCUUCUUUUCCGUGAUUUUUCUUGUCUGUCUUCUGUUCAUGUUGUGCUUAGCCAAUACAACAUCCUCGCCCAAUGACCUUCUCAUGUCUUUGAUGCUACUGGCCACAAGUUUUGUACUGGUCAAUAUGGUUAUAGCCGAUUAUGUUGUGUGUACGAUACAUUCCCACAGAGAUCCACAACCCAUUAUGUAACCUUGGAUUGCAUAUCUCUGUUGUUAGACUUAGGAUAAUUUUAAAAUCAUAGACAAUAAUACAAGAUUGCAAGAAAGAUACAGAAAAAAAAAGUUUUCUAAUUGUAUAUAUUUUUUUAAAACUAUUUAUCAAUUGAUAACUUGUUAAUCAAAAGUGAUUAAAAUAGCAGAAUGUCAUUGGUUUAAUUAAUGUGCAAGUUACAACAUUCAAUUUGUGUCAAUUUCAUAUAUGGUUGAAAAUUACAGUUAAGAAUUUUUAUUAAUGUUACAUGAUGUCAAGUUCACGCAAUAUUAAACAGAUUACCCGCCAUGUUGAUGCUGGUGUGAUACAUUUGACAUCAGAAACAAAUUUCUCGUCAAAUCAGAUGGAAAUUGAGUCCCCGUUAAGUCCCUCAUCAACUUAUGUCAAAGCUAAAUUGGACGAAGAAAUAAGUCCAGAUUUCAUAAGUGCUUUUAUCUUUGCACACUGGGACAAUAUUUUGGGACCACGCAUCCUUAACGUGUGGCAGGGUACGGAAUGUCACCUGACGGAACGGAUGCUCAAUCAAGUUUGUAGUCGUUCGCUGAGCGGAGAGAUGUGUAGAGACAUUCAGGACAGCUUUGUAGAUUUCAAAUUCCUGGACUUAGCAGAGAUGGACAUGAUCUUAGCAGGAUUUGUAUUCAUAGCACGAGGCAGUAGUGGUCUUAGUGUCCAUUCCAUGUCUGUACUGAUGCCACAUUCAGAACUUCCCACAUAUUUGGAGAUGCAUGACCUUCUCUCCCGAUGUUUAAAUGGAAUCAUCAACAAAUUACGGAGGUUUUUACACAUGUCCGAUACCCCCCAUCCAGAUAUCAAUGGAGAGUUUGUUGAUAGAUCCAGAGACUGCCUGAAGAUGCUGACAUCUAUAUACAAGUCCUCUCUAGCAAUACCUAUCAAUCUGUCUGAAACAUUCCUCAGCCCCACCCACUUACUCGAGAGAGACUUCCUGUGUCGGUGUAUUGCUGCACAUCUCCUUACAUUUGGUCACAGCCUAGUGAUCGGGGAAAACACCAACAGAAUCAACUUAUUGAUCACAACACUGGCCCUGUUCAACACAAAAAAGGAGAGACGAUGUUCUAUGAAAAUCAGAGACGGUUGUACCUGUCAUCAUGAUCUGUUUGUACAGGGCAUUGUAAAGAAAUGCAGUGAUGCAUAUGACUUACCAGUGGCCCAGAUUGUGGACAGUAAGUAUCCGGUCAGCAUUAUCAACUUGACCACUCGAGAUGUGAAGCAGGCUUACUCCUAUCACCACCAAAGAUUUUAUAGUCCACAAGGUGUUGGACCAAACAAUGAGCUUACCCUGAUCCCAGUAGAACACAGCGAGAAUCUGGUCCUGGCACUUAUGGACGAGUUGGAGAAGCUGCCAGCAGAAUGCGGGGUGCGAGAAGCAUACAUAGCACACUUUGUCACGACGCUGCAGAGGAAAGCCCUCGCUCUCAUUAAAUAUGUGGAAGGUGAAACAAAUUUUGGAAGUACAAUGUUUCGGUCGGGAAUGAAGAAGUUACGACAAGAUUUGGGGAUAGCAUCUGAAGGAGAUCUACAGAUUAUACUGGCCACAGCAGAGAAACUCAAACCUGGCAUACUUUAUUUUGUGUUUGGGGAUGGUCAGUGGUCAAGUAGGAGUACUGAUGUGUGGUCGUCAGGGGUCUUGGAAUGAUAUAUAGAUUCACCAAAAUGUCAGUACAUGUAUCUUCCUAUUUUUAGCCCACCAUCUGAUGAUGGUCGGCUAUUUAAAUGGCCUUGCCUCUGUGGUCAGUCCGGUGUGUCAAUAAACAUCCUUGUUAUCGCUAUUUCUGUAAAAGUACUGGAACUUCAUAUGUGGGUUCCACUUGGUUCACAGUUGUGUCAAUUUGAUUUUCAGUCUGAUCCAGGAAACAAAAUUGCAGUAAGGCAUCCAUCUUGAAUUUUGACAAUUUUAGUUUGUUAUCUGUACAGAAGUACAGUUAAGUUUGUUCUCAAACUUCACUGUUAGGUUCACCUUGAUCCGUAGUUGUGCCCAUUUGAUUUGUGUUUGAUCCAACUUCCCAAAUGUUAAUGUCAUGGUGUAGAAGUCAAAGUCUCGGAGUCAGAAGCCAAGGCAUCGGUUAAAGGUUAAAAAGGUCAAGGACAAAUUGGUUUGCCGAUUAUGACCCUGGGUCAUAGUUGGAGACAUCAUCUAUGAUGAAAAUGAAACAAUUCAAAUCUAACAAGGACUUUAAUACAGGUAUUUCUAUUUUAGUUAGCCCAACAGAUAUGGAGCAGAUGUGUUUGAUGUAUAUUUUGCUCCCUUGCUACAUAAUAAGGCCUUUUCCAACCUCUCAUUGUUCUGGCUUUAUUAGCUCACCUACCUGAAGGUGUUUUAAUAAAUGACCUAGACGUUCAUUCAAGGUCACAUGGGUCAAAUAGGCUAUAAUCUUCAAACGACUUCUUCUCAAUUACCAAGAGGCCCAGGGACUUGAUAUUGGGCCUGUAUUAUGCUG